CACCACCAGCAAGCAAGCUUAACUCUGCAUCACAGACUGACUGACUCCAUGGGCAGAAUUCCCAACGACAGACUACGAAUCGCCCAAUCUCCGCCAGAGAUGCACAGUACGCAGCCAGCUCCCUCGCGGCGCUCGACAUCUCCGAGCUCCACACAUUCACAGAACUUCAGCAACACUUACAUCCAGCGAUCACGACCGUAUCUGACGGAUCAGCAGAUCGAAGAACGCUCACGAAGGGACUCGCAGACGGAGGCAAAAGAAACUAGCACACGGCUAAAUGCCUGCGCCUGGAUCAUGCAACUUGGUCAUGCCCUACAGUUUCCCAUUCGAACAAUGGCUACAGCUAUGAUACUGUACCAUCGGUCGCGGUUAUUUUCCCGGAAUCCCUACUCUGAGCAGCAGUACGUGGAUGUAGCGGUGGCAGCGCUCUUCGUGGCAUGCAAAAUCGAGGACACGUUGAAGAAGUCGAGGGAGAUACUCGCUACAAGUUAUAAUAUGCGGCAUCCGCAGCAUGAGCCGAUUAAUUCUGAUUCCUCGAUUUUGGACGAGACGGUAAAGCGCAUCAUCGGGAUUGAGCGCGUUAUUCUUGAGUCCUCAUCUUUUGACUUCCGAUACAGACACGCUCAGCCGUUCCUCAUCAAGUUUGCGAAGAAGUUUGGAUGCUCGAAGGCACUCACGCAGUUGGCAUGGGAUAUAUCCGUGGAUGUGUACAAGACACUCUCGCCGCUGAAGGCCACUCCGCAUGUCCUUGCACUCGCCUCGUUGGAUCUUGCGAUGAGGCUGGAGGAUCAGAGGGUCGAGAUUGAGUACGAGAAGUUUGAAGCUAGUCGGGAGGUUGUGCUCUCCGUAAUCGAUGACCUCCUGGAGCUAUACACUAGCCACAAGAUCCAAACUAUCGUCGGAUUGAAUUACGAUAGCAAUGUCUACCUCACCCAGCGUAUCCAGCUGAACAAAGAGCGAACACCCUACACAAAUGGCCACUCAAGCCAGAACGGAACAAGCUCCAAUAGCAGCAGCCACCAAAACAAUCACAGCAACAACAAUCACUACAUCCACCCAAGCCGAGACUUCCUAAAUACCUCCCCAGCAGAGUCCAUCCCACCCACCGUCGUACCCACCGAGCGUGGAACCUAUGGCACCAUCCGUUUCAUGAUCGACCCUGCAAGAGAAAGGACCGAGAAGGAACAAAUGAAUGACUCGGGUAGAUCCAAAGAGUUUGCAUCACCAAAUGGAGUGGUUGUUAGUCCUUGGAGUGGGAGAUCUUAGAAAAGAUGAAAAAAUAAAAAAUAAAAAAUAUUUUUUGUUAAAAACAAAAGGAAAGGAAUGAUAAAAAAAAAUUAAAUUCACACCCUUCUUCUCA